AUGGCUUCAGGCUACGACAGAGCUCUGUCGGGUAAGCUCACCACUUCGUUCAGCGGUGGGACGGUGCUAAACAGUAAACACCCCGAUGGACACGUGUUCCAGGUUGAAUAUGCCGGCGAGGCCGUCAAGCGAGGCACAUGCGCUGUUGGCGUCAAGGGCAAGGAUGUCGUCGUGCUCGGCUGCGAGAAGCGCUCAGCCAUGAAGCUGCAAGACACACGCAUCACCCCCUCCAAGAUCCAAGUCCUCGACAACCACGUGGCCCUUGCUUUCGCCGGCCUCAACGCCGAUGCCCGCAUUCUCGUCGACAAGGCGCGGUUAGAGUCUCAGUCUCAUCGGUUGUCCGUAGAGGACCCCGUUACGAUUGACUACAUCACCAAGUACGUUGCUGGGGUCCAGCAACGGUACACGCAGGCUGGCGGUGUGCGGCCUUUUGGUAUCAGCACGCUGGUUGUCGGCUUCGACCCUGGGAGCAAGGUGCCUAGGCUCUUCCAGACGGAGCCCUCCGGCAUCUACUCAGCUUGGAAAGCCAAUGCAAUUGGACGCUCGAGCAAGACGGUCCGCGAGUUCCUCGAGCGCAACUACAAGGAGGAUAUGGACCGCGAGGCCACCAUUCGACUGGCCAUCAAGUCGCUGCUCGAAGUCGUGCAAACGGGCGCCAAGAAUAUCGAGAUUGCGCUCAUGGCACCUGGUGCCGCCAUGGAGAUACUCCCCACGGACGACAUUGAGGGCUACGUCAAGGAGAUUGAGCAGGAGAAGCAAGAGGAGGCGGCCAAGAAGAAGACUGGGCGUACGCCUGGAACUGGAAGUACCGCGAUCCUGACGAGAGGCCAGGAUGACUCUGCUGCCGAAUAA